AUACUAGCGCUAUCAUGAAAUACGUCCACGUCAGAUCUGUAUGGUUGUUUUUAUAACUUAACCUGAACAGUAGUUAAUUCUGUUGAGAAAGAAAAUAACAUAUACUCGAUCAAAAUCUCUUGUUUCUCUUUUGAUAUAUAAUUAAGUGAUUAUUUACAAAGCAAAGUGUUUCAAAAUGUAUUGGACUCUAUGGUUAUUUAUUAUUGGAUUUUUUGGAGUAGAUAAUACAUUUGGACAAGGUCAAAGGGUUGCACCAGGUGUACCUCCUCAACAUUAUCAAGUUCAGCAGCCUACUCAGCAAAUGCACCAAGUACCACAACAAAUACAACAGGGUUCACAACAACAACAAGUUCCAAUACAACAUGUGCCAGUUCAUCAAGCACCUGUACAACAACAGAUACCUGUUCAAGCCCCUAUACAGCAACAACAAAUACACAAUCACAAUCAUCAACCUCAACAAAUACUUAAUGCUGCCAAUAUAGCUCAAGAAAAGGCUCAUAUCGCAGAACAUAUGGAAGUUCCAAUCGAUACAAAUAAAAUGACAGAACAGGAAUUGCAAUUUCAUUAUUUUAAAAUGCACGAUUCAGAUAACAACAACAAAUUGGAUGGAUGUGAAUUAAUAAAAUCUCUUAUUCAUUGGCAUGAACAAAGUAAACAGGAUCCAGGAACACAAAAUGCCGGAGAUAAAUUAUUUCAGGACGAUGAAUUGGUUAACUUAAUUGAUCCAAUUCUUGCCGUAGAUGAUAUGAAUAAGGAUGGAUACAUAGAUUAUCCUGAAUUCAUACAAGCUCAGCAAAAUGCUGCUGCUACUGGUCGACAGUAAUUAAAAUAACUUCAUAUUAUGGAAUUACAAAGAAAAAAAGUCACACAUUAAAAUUAUUAUUUUAUAUAAAAAUAAUAAAUUUUACAUCAUUGUUUCACCAGUUUUAUUUGUUCAGACUUAAUUGAAUGCUUUUGCAUUUCAUGUAAACAUAUUUUCAUAGUCUAUAUUUUGUUGUUUAUACGAUAUGUUUUUUUCUAUAGCUUGUUGUAUACUUGAGAUUACAUAUAUAUCUUAAAUUCUACAAAUGAAAAAAGAUAAAAAGUAUUGGGUAUACAAUAAGUACACACAAAUCUAUUUUGAUAUAUUAAUAAUAAUUAAAAAUAUUGUAUUGUGUAUAUGGAGUGUGAAAAAAAAAAUGUAUAUCAUGUAAAGCGAUAAUUAAUCAUGAAUAUCAAGAUAAAUUGAUUUUUUAAAACGUGUUAAAAAUAAUUCCUUUGAUUCAGUUGUGUUAUGUAUUUGGAAAAAAAAAUGUUAAUUAGAUUAAAACAACGAAAAGUGUGCAUAAUGGUGUGCAUAAAUUACAUCAUGUAUAUAUAUAUUUUGUGCAGAGUGUAACUAAAGUUACUAACAAAUUUUACAGGCUGCUAAUAUUCACAUUAAAAGACUUAUUUGUUUAUUUAGCAAGUAAUACAAUCACAAUAUAGUCUGCUGGUAACUUUUUUCAUCACUCUGUAUAUGUGGUAUAAUAAUACUUAAUAUAGGAAAAUAAAAUUUAUAUUCGUAAUAAAUAUAUACAUGUUACUAUAAACAUUGGUUUGUACAUAUAACUGUGAUAUAUAUAAAAAGAUUAUUAUCAAAUAUACAGUAAAUACAAUA